AUGAUCUAUAUAGUUAAUCACUCAUGGAAUAAGGAUCAAAAUAGUAAUUUUGUAUUGGGUAAUGCACAAGUACAUGAUUAUCCUAUUGUAUAUUGUUCUGAUGGAUUUGUUGAAUUAACUGGUUAUAAUAGAUCACAAAUUAUGUCAAAAUGUUGUUCAUGUAGUUUUCUUUGGGGUGAACGAACAGAUGAUAAUGCAAAACAAUCAAUAUUAAAUACAUUAGAAAAUAAAUGUGAAUUACAAAUUGAAAUACAAUUUCAUAAGAAAACAAAUGAAGCAUUUCUUUGUUUAUUGGAUAUUGUACCAAUUAAAAAUGACAAAUCACAAGUUGUUCUAUUUCUUGUAUCCCAUAAAGAGUUAUCGCCUGAUCGACAUGGACGAAGUAAAGCCAAUUAUAGUAUACCUGAAUCAAGUUUAAAAGUACCAUAUAUGUUAUCUGCUCAACAUUUAACUGGAACAUCUCCAUCAAAUAAAACACCAAAUUUAUUAACAAUGGGUUUAGCAACAACAAUUACAGCAGCAGUUCUUGGUUCAACUGGAUUUCGUAAUAAUAAAUUAUUAGAUUAUUUAAGUGCUAGAAAGAAUACAACAACAAUAUCACCACCACCAACACCACCCCCACCACCACCACCGAGAACAACUACUAUUACUCAUAAUAAAUUCGAUAGAAAUACUUCAAUUGUAAAUAGAAAAUUACCAGAUCGUAGUUCGAUUGAUUCAAAUAAAUCAACCAGUAAUAAUAGUGUAAUAAGUGAUGCUCAAAAUAUUCUAUUAGAUCCAAUAGAUGUUGAAAGUGGUCCACUUUUAAUAACAGAAUAUAAAAGUAAUGGUAAUAAUAGUAAUAAUAAUAAUAAUAAUAAUAAUAAUAAUAAUAAUAAUAAUAAUAAUGGUAGUAAAUUAUUGGAUCCUACACGUUUAAUAGUUCAUGAAUCUGAUUCAACUGAUACAUCAAGUGAUGAAUCAAGUAAUUUAACUAGUGAUCCAUCAACUGUUUAUAAAUUUCAACGAAGACGAAGUCGUGCUGUAUUAUAUCAUUUAUCUGGACGAUUUGAUCAUAAAUCUAAGCAUAAAUUACCAUUUAAAAAAUUUCAACGUAUUUCUGGCAAAGAAACAAUUCCUGAAUAUAAAGUUCAAGAUGUACAAGCAUCAAGAUUUAUAUUAUUACAUUAUAGUUUAUUUAAAAUUAUUUGGGAUUGGAUGAUAUUAUUAUGUACAUUUUAUAUUGCUAUCAUGGUACCAUAUAAUGCAGCAUUUUCUCAGGGAGGUGAUGAAAAAGAUUUAAUUAUAUGUGAUAUUAUUGUUGAAUUAUUAUUUAUUAUUGAUAUUAUAUUAAAUUUUUGGACUACAUAUGUUAGUAAAAGUGGACAAGUUGUAUAUCAUUUAAAAGCGAUUGCUAUUAAUUAUUUACGUGGUUGGUUCUUUCUUGAUUUAUUGGCGGCUAUUCCAUUUGAUGUUAUUUUGGCUGUGAAUAAUCCUGAAAUACAAGGAACUAUUGGUGAAAUGGGUAAUUGGAUUCAUUUAUUAAAAUUGGCACGUUUACUUCGAUUGGCAAGAUUAUUUCAAAAAAUUGAACGAUAUUCUCAAUAUAGUACAGUAAUAUUGGGUUUAUUAAUGUGUAUGUUUUUUCUUGUGGCUCAUUGGUUUGCUUGUGGAUGGUAUUGUAUUGGCAAAGAGGAAUUUAAAUCGAAAAUUACAAGGGAAUACAGUUGGUUAUAUGAAUUAGGUGAACGAAUGCAAUUGAAUCGUUCAUAUUCAACAAUGAAUAAAACAAAUGGAUUAACUAGACGUGCAUUAUAUGUAUCUAGUUUAUAUUUUACAACAACUAGUUUAACUAGUGUUGGAUUUGGUAAUGUAUCACCGAAUACAGUAAAUGAGAAAAUAUUUGCUGUAAUAACUAUGCUAAUUGGAGCUCUUAUGCAUGCAGCUGUAUUUGGUAAUGUGACAACACUUAUUCAACGUAUGUAUUCAAGACGUUCAGCAUAUCAAACAAAAAAUCAAGAUUUAAAAGAUUUUACACGUGCUCAUCAUAUACCAAAACCAUUAAAACAACGUAUGCUUGAAUUUUUUCAAGCUAUGUGGGCAAUUAAUCGUGGUAUAGAUAAAGAAGCUAUUUUACAAUCAUUCCCUGAAAAUUUACGCGGUGAUAUUGCAUUACAUUUAAAUCGUGAAAUAUUAUCAUUGAGUUUAUUUAAAAGUGCUAGUCCUGGUUGUCGUAAAUGUUUAGCACAAUUAAUAACAACACGUUUUGCUACACCGGGUGAAUAUCUUGUUAAUCAAGGUGAUGCAUUACAAUUUAUUUAUUUUGUCUGUAGUGGUUCAUUAGAAAUACUUGGUGAAGAAGGUACAGUUGUUGGAUUAUUAGGUAAAUGUGAUAUAUUUGGUAGUGAUAUGGAUGAUUUGCCUAUAUUGGGAUAUUCAGCUUAUAAUGUUAAAUCAUUGACAUAUUGUGAAUUACAAUGUAUAGCAUUAGAUCAUCAAUUACAAGAAAUAUUUGAUCAAUAUCCACAAUUUCGAAAACAAUUUGCUUUAGCAAUUUCAGAAGAAUUAUCAUUUAAUUUAAGAGCUGGAUUCGAACCAACUUCAUCUUUAGAACUGAUUCCAGCAAUAACUGUCACUACUGAUAAGAAUACAGAUUUUGAAGAUCAUUCCGAUGAUGAUAUCAGUAAUAAAUCUCAUGAAAUAAUAAAUGAAGAAUCUACUUUAUUAACUAAUUCACAGAAUAAAACAUCAAUGAACAAGAAAGACAAUGAUAAUGACAAUGAUGAUGAUAAUGAUGAUGAUGAUGAUGAUGAUGAUGAUGAUGAUGAUGAUGAUGAUGAUGAUGAUGAUGAUGAUGAUGAUGAUGAUGAUGAUGACGAUGAUGAUGAUAGGACUAUAACCCACGAAACAGGUAAACAAUUAUUUGAUAUAAAAACAAAAAAAUUAACAAAUUUAAAAAAUUCUAUAAACAACAAUCGUCAUGACAACCAAUUCAAUAAUAAACAAAUAAAAAUAUUGGAAGAUUUAAAUUCUUCACAAAAAAUAAAAAAAUUUAUUCAUAUAAAACAAAAUUCAUUAGAUUUAUAUACAAAACAAUUGAAUAAUACUACAUCCAUUGAACAAUUGAGUCAGUUUGAUGAAACAAACAACAUUAAUUAUACUAAUACUAAUACUACUACUACUAUUACUACGACUACUAAUCAUAAUAGUAAUAAUAGUAGUAAUAAUAAUAAUAAUAAUUGGGAUAAUAAUGAAUAUCAGAAGAGGUUUUACUUUCAUGAUCCAAUUAUAAAUUCAUCUAAUUCAUUUGAUAAUCUUAUGGAUGCAUCUAAAAUGAAUAAUACAAUAUUAUACUUAAAAGAUAAAUAUAAAUCAUUUGAUGAUAUUUAUCAUAUUGGUAAAUCAUUUAAAACUGAUAUUAGAAAUCAAUAUAUAUUUAAUACUGAUAGUUACGGUCAUGAUGAAAAUUACAAUCAAAUAAAUGAGAUAUUCAUUAAUUCAAAGAACAUUACCAAUACUACUAACACUCCUCCUCCUCCUCCUCUUCCCCCUACUACUACUGCUACUACUCCUACUCCUCCUCCUCCUCCUCCUCCUUCUACUCCUACUACUGCUACUACUACUACUACUAAUAAUAAUAAUAAUGAUAAAGUAAUAAAACAAAAUCAGCUGAUUUCAACCCUUUGUAUGAAUUUCUAUCAAGCACAAAAUGAUAUUACUUUAAUUAAAUCAGAAUUAAUACAAAUGAAUCAAAAACUUGAUAGAAUACAAAAAGAUUUUAAUGAAUUUACUCAAUAUUUUAUAAGAAAUGAUAAUUCAUUGAAUCAUCCAUCAAUAUAUCCCAAUACUUCUAAUAAUAGUAAUAUUACUGAAAAUGAUACUAUCUCUUCAACACAAACAAACAUUGCUCAUAGUAACAAUAAUAAUAAUAAUAAUAAUAAUAAUAAUAAUAAUAGCAGUAUGAAUAGUAAUAAUAAUAAUAAUAAUAAAAAUGUAAAAGAUGGUUCAUGUACUUCUAAAUCUAUUAUACCAACAACAUUAAUUAAUUCCCGUCCAUGUUUACAUCAAUAUGGUAGAACACAUCAUUAUUCACCAGAGAAUCGUGUCGUAACAUUUCAAUUACCACCACGUAAUUAUGAUUUUCGUAGUCAAAGUUUAACUAAUUCACGACAAAUUUCACCUGAAACACCAAAAUCUAAUCCAAUUAAAAAAUUAUUACAUAAACAUUCAUCUAUAUCACAUGAUCUUAAUUAA